AUGAGGGUAGUCGCGCCAGCUGCGGCGGCGGUUAGCCACAGAACCGGACAACCCACCGAGUACCCUCACUCUCAUAGCGCGUAGCCGUGAACCGUCGGCGCUGGCACGCUGAUCAUGGAUGCCCACAAACACCCCCCAUGGAAGCACGCAACUUCUACUCUGUGACACAGACGUUUUGGGCGGCACGUUUCCACUUUUCCCCUUUUUGUCACUCUCGCCCGCUUUUCGCCCCCUCCAGGCCAACGGUCUUCCGCUUACGUCAUGCACGGCUACGAGUAUAACCUCC